AACCGGUGAUAAUGAAUUCCUAGCUCCUUCUCCAUCCCGAAGCUACUCUAAAUUCAGCCUCCCCUGCCACCGUCGUCUUUCCAUACCGAGAACCCUGAACGGCUUUCCAAAGUUCGGAGUUCAGAAGUUGUUCCGGUGUUUCGCUUUCACGUCUCGCCCCCGGGAGGCCGGCCGGAGUUACGCAGACUCCCUGCAGCGCAUCGUUACCAACCAGCAGCGCUUUCUCUGCUAGCCUCGGGAAUUUGUCCCCGGGGCCUGGCUGCAGCGACCGCUGCGCCGCUUUCCGCCUCCGGAGCAGAAAGAUCGGGGAGGACCUGGCGUGGCCCACGGAUCCUCUCACCGAGCCGGGAGAAUCCUACAUCCUGGACGUCCCAAACCCGUCAGCUGACCCGGGUGCUUGAACUCGGACCGAGACCUCCGUCCGUGCCCCCCGGCAGCGGCUGGUCGCCACUGCCCGCUGCCCGCAAGGAGAGCAGAGGGGCAUCUGAGAGAUGAUGUGGCUGUGGUUAGGGCUCCUGGGGAGGAAGCUGUUGCUCUGGGGCGCGGCGAGCGCGGUCUCCCUGGCCGGCGCCACUGUCCUGCUCAGCGUUCUGCAGAUGGUGGUGAGCUACGCGCGGAAAUGGCUGCAAAUGCGCCCCAUCCCCUCGGUGGCCCCCGCCUACCCUUUGGUGGGACACGCGCUGUUGAUGAAGCCCCAGGGCUCAGAUUUUUUUCAGCAGUUAAUUCAGUACACUGAAGAAUUCCGUCACCUGCCACUCAUUAAACUUUGGAUUGGUCCAGUGCCCAUGGUGGCUCUUUAUAAGGCAGAGAAUGUGGAGGUAAUUUUGACCAGUUCAAAGCAAAUUGAUAAAUCAUAUAUGUACAAGUUCCUUCAACCAUGGCUGGGACUGGGACUUCUCACAAGCACUGGGAACAAAUGGCGCUCCAGGAGGAAGAUGUUAACGCCUACUUUCCAUUUCACGAUUCUGGAGGAUUUCCUAGAUGUCAUGAACGAGCAAGCAAACAUAUUGGUUACUAAGCUUGAAAGCCAUGUCAACCAAGAAGCUUUUAACUGCUUUUUCCACAUCACUCUUUGUGCCUUGGAUAUAAUCUGUGAAACAGCUAUGGGGAAGAACAUUGGUGCUCAAAGUAACGAUGACUCUGAGUACGUCCGUUCAGUGUACAGGAUGAGUGAUAUGAUUUAUAGAAGAAUGAAGAUGCCCUGGCUUUGGUUUGAUCUUUGGUACCUUAUGUUUAAAGAAGGACGGGAACACAGAAAGGGACUCAAGAGCCUACAUACUUUCACCAACAAUGUCAUUGCUGAACGAGUCAAUGAAAUGAAGGCAGAGGAAGACUAUGCCGGUGCUGGCAGGGGUCCUGUUCCCUCCAAAAACAAGCGCAAAGCUUUUCUUGACCUGCUUUUGAGUGUGACUGAUGAGGAAGGAAACAAAUUAAGCCGUGAAGACAUCCGAGAGGAAGUUGACACCUUCAUGUUUGAGGGUCACGAUACAACUGCAGCUGCAAUAAACUGGUCCUUGUACCUAUUGGGUUCUUAUCCAGAAGUCCAGAGAAAAGUGGACAAGGAGCUAGAUGAUGUGUUCGGACAGUCCCAUCGUCCAGUCACUUUGGAAGACCUGAAGAAGCUUAAAUAUCUGGAUUGUGUCAUUAAGGAGACUCUUCGCAUUUUCCCAUCGGUCCCUUUGUUUGCCCGGAGUCUUAGUGAAGACUGUGAAGUGUCCGGUUACAGAGUCGCAAAAGGCACAGAAGCAAUCAUCAUUCCUUAUGCAUUGCACCGAGACCCCAGAUACUUCCCAGACCCGGAGGAAUUCCAACCAGAGCGGUUCUUUCCCCAGAAUUCCCAAGGACGCCAUCCCUAUGCCUACGUGCCCUUUUCUGCUGGACCUAGAAACUGCAUUGGACAAAAGUUUGCUGUGAUGGAGGAGAAGACCAUUCUUGCCUGUAUCCUGAGGCACUUUUGGGUAGAAUCUAACCAGAAGAGAGAAGACCUUGGCCUGUGUGGAGAUUUGAUUCUUAGGCCAAAUAAUGGCAUCUGGAUCAAGCUGAAGAGCAGACAUGAAGAUGAUCCCUAUCUCCAUCCUUGAGCUGUGACUUUAUCAUGACGAAGGUCAUUCUGUAAGAAACAGGGUAUUUGCAGUUUUUAGACCACGAGUUGAAAAUUGCUGAAUCCUUAGACCUAAUGUUUUUUUUUUUCUUGUCCCCAACUGAUCAUGGGAUCCAACUAUCACUGAAAGUGUUUGUGUGUUUAUUACCAGCAUAGAAGCUAUGUCACACCUUCUCUUUCUCUCAAGGGUACUGUUAGCUGGCUGAGUCAGCACCAAAAUAAACAUGCUAACAACAAUUAUACGAGAGGGAUCAUCAGCCUGUUCAAAUUCAUUUGUUAGACUCAAAAGACAUAAUUUAAAUGAAAUCCCGGAAUUAAAAAAAAUAUUCUUGUUUACUUGGAAAUUCAUAUAUCUUUUGAAAGUGUUGGGCAGUUAGGCUCUUCAGCAUAAUGGGCUUAAGUUUUUAUGAUGUCAUCAGUGCUGUCAGUUGACACGAGUGAUUGCUAUAACACUUUCAGAUUUUAUCAUGAAAAGCAGGUCCCUUGCCUGCCUGACUCACGUUCCAGUAGCUUUGAUGACUGUGUGUGCUAGAGGCUUCUCUCACUUGGUGGACACAAUCACCUUGUAUAUCGUGUUUUUGGACGAGGUUCCUCUCCACGGUGUCCAGCUUCUCACAGAAGCUUAAUUAGUGGCUUUUGAAAUUCAAGUGGCCAUAGAAAUUCUCUGCAUGUGUGCCAUUCUGUUAAGAUUAGGGACAUGCAACAGAGGAGACAAUAAAUCUCUGCCCAAGUUCUGCCAUGGCUAGAAAUAAGUGAAUAUCUACACUGAAACCUCUCCACUCCUUUUCUGAUAUACUUUCUCCUACAACAUACUUUGGUGUUAUGAACUCAGAACAGUGGCUGGAUAGAUUAGGACUCAGGAUUUCUACCCUCAGUGUGGGCACAUCUUUCUUGUAAUUCCUCUACUUUUGGAGGAAGACAGAGUCUGUCUUCUCUUUGUGUACUAUCACGCUUGGUUCAGGACUGCACAUCCAUUUAACUCAGCUCUGUGGAACCUCCCUGGCAAGCUGACAGCUGAAUUGCAUUCCUUGCAUUUUUCACAUGGUAUAUUACACCAUUCUUCCUCAUGCAGUGGCUUUUAGAAACUUCUUUUAAUAAAUGAUUUUUAACGGG